UAUCUCACCGCACCCCUAAAUAAAUAAAUAAGUAGUCAAGGGGGACCUCAUUGACAAAAACUUGAAGAUGACUUAGCCUUGUGGGCAUUUAAGGGUAGUGUGUUCCAGGCAGAGGGACCAUAGUAUGUAUGCAAAGGCCCUGAGGGAGUUGUGUGGCUAGUAUAUUCCCAGAACAGCAAGAGUGAUAGGGGUAGAGCGAGAGAGAGCAAGAGACAUUAGAGCCAUAAGGACCUCUACCACUUUGAAGGCUUUGUUUUUCACUGGGAAGGAAAUGGACAGCCAUUGGAGGGUUUUGAGCAAAGGGGGCGGGGAUCAAAUAAGCUUUAGAAGGCUCAGUCUGGCUUCUGGGAUGAGAUUAUGCUUGGAGGAGACAGUCAAGAAGCUACUGUAAUAAUGGCAGGGACAGUUCAUGGGGACUUGGGGCCCUGUGGAAGAAGUGAGAGGAUUGAGGGUUAGUGGUUGGAAAAAGGCCUUAGGCCUAGGAAGGUCAGAGCUGGAAACCACCCCAGCCCUGCAGCCCUUGCCCCAGAGAGCAUGGAAAAUCUUAGCCUGCUUUUUCUGCAAGGAACCUGAGGCUUGGCCAGGUUUCUGCUACCAGUGCCAGAGCCAGGUGCCACCACGCAGCGGGCAUUGCACUGCCUGCCGUGUCUGCAUCCUGCGUCGGGACCAUCACUGCCGCCUCUUGGGCCGCUGCGUGGGCUUCCACAACUACCGGCACUUCCUGUGCCUGCUGCUCCAUGCCUCCGGUGUCCUCCUCCACGUCUCUGUGCUGCUGGGCCCUGCCCUGUCAGCCCUGCUGCGGACCCAUGCGCCUCUCCACACUGCUGCCCUCCUCCUGCUGCCCUGGCUCAUGCUGCUUACAGGUCGAGUGUCCCUGGCCCAGUUUGCCCUGGCCUUCGUGAUGGAUACGUGUGUGGCAGGUGCGCUGCUCUGCGGGGCUGGGCUGCUGUUCCAUGGGACGCUGCUGCUGCGGGGCCAGACCAUGUGGGAGUGGGCUCGGGGCCAGCACUCCUAUGACCUGGGUGCCCGCCACAACCUACAGGCAGCCCUGGGGCCCCGCUGGGCCCUCAUCUGGCUCUGGCCCUUCCUGGCUUCCCCUCUGCCUGGGGAUGGGAUCACUUUCCAGACCACAGCUGAUGUGGGACUCAUGGCGUCCUGACUCCAGGAGGAGCCAAAACUAAACAGGACAGACAGGAGCAGGAAGAGGUGUGUGUGUUUGGGGGGCUGUUAACAUGUUUCCAGCCUCACCUCCAGGCACAGAAGGGAGGUCAGGUUGUUUCUUAAUGCCUGGAGUAGGGCACUGCAGCCCCUACCCAGCUUCCAGGUUGGGCUCAGGUCUUGUACCUGUGCCUCUCUUGGCAGAGAUUAUGGAGGAAUCUGGCAAGGGCUUGCUCAGCUGCCCCUCUCUGCCAGGCUAAUAAAGUGACCAUUGGGUCCUUGGC